CAUUUGCCUCUAACUUUUUGCACCCUCUUCUCUCCUCUCGCCUGCCCGUGAAUCUAUUUUGCAGUAUAUAUUCGACUUCUCAUACCUCGUCCGGCGUCCUCACCCGGAGAAGGUGGACCAGCCCACAAUGCCCAAAACUAGCGUUAAGGAAAAGUCCCGCCAAAAGUCCGAAGACGCCUCUUCGCACUUGGUCUACGAGGCGGGUAAACCUAUUCGCGCCCAGAAUGAUGACGACGAUUUAACCAGCAGUGAAGGGAGCAGCGAUGAGGAUGUGCCCGAGAAGGACGAGGCGGAACUGAAGCUGGAACAGAUGCUCUUCGGCGACGACGAUGGUUUCCUUGGCGCGCUGAAGACCCAGAAUGAGCGCGGUUUGGUUCUGGCUGAUCAAAGCGAUGAAGAAAUGGCAGAUGGUGAUGAACCAGCGGAAGAUGAUGAAGAGCAAGAUCUAAGCAAAAUGGCUGACUCCGAUCUUUUCUUCCUUGAUUCCGGACCAGGACCGGUUUCCGAUUAUAUUGGCGAGGCACCUUCAGUCCCGUCUGACGAAGAGGGUAGCGAUGAAGAGACCAAUGGCCUGCCCGCAUUGUGGCAUGAUAGCGACGACGAGCGCAUUACGAUCUCGCUGGCAAGUCACCAGCGGUUGCGCAAGCUGCGCGUUGCGGAGUCAGAAGACGUGAUCAGCGGCAAGGAAUACAUCCGCCGACUGCGCAGGCAAUUCAUCCAGCUUAACCCGUUGCCCGACUGGGCGAAUCCCGAGAAAAACCACGAGAAGAACGACUCGGGUGCCGACGACAUGGAUACGGAUGACGAGGAGCUCUCGUCCACGCAGCCUCUCGCGAAACUGCUUCAAGGUGCCACAGACCUCGUCAAACUGGAGGACAAUACAGGCCCCAGUGGUAAGAGAAAGAUGCGUCAGGAGGUAAUUGACAUUGCAAGACUCAAGGACGUCGGCAAGGACCAGCCGUCGUCCAUCGAUUCACUUUCUUUCCACCCGCAUUAUCCACUGCUUCUCUCCUCCGGACAGGCAGCCACUCUCUUCCUGCAUCACAUCUCGCCCUCCGCCCCGGUUCCGAACCCCCUUCUCACCUCCUUCCACAUCCGCCACACGCCGAUCCACACUUCUGCAUUUCACAUGCCCAGCGGAAACCGCAUCUUUGCGUCGGGACGUCGACGAUACUUCCAUAUCUGGGAUCUGGAAACUGGCAAGGUGGACAAGGUCAAUGGCACCUCAGACCGUAAAGAAGAGCAGAAGACGAUGGAGCGCUUUAAGCUGUCUCCGUGCGGACGGUUUGUGGGAUUGGUGGGCUCGUCCCGCAAAGGUGGUGGUCUCAUCAACAUCCUCGACUCCAACACGGCGCAGUGGAUUGCGCAGGUCCGCGUGGACGGCCGGGGCGGUGUGUCGGAUUUUGCUUGGUGGGGUGACGGGGAGGGUUUGACGGUGGUGAGCAAGAGUGGUGAAGUCUCGGAAUGGAACAGACGCGUGAACCGAGUGGUGGCCCGCUGGAUGGACGCCGGUGCGGUGGGCACGACGGUCCUCAGCCUGGGCGGACGGUCCGGACGCACUCAACUUGGCGGCGAUCGCUGGGUCGCCAUCGGCAGCUCGAGUGGGAUUGUUAACGUAUAUGACCGCCGGGAAUGGGCGGCCGCAUAUGCCAAAGCUGCGUCGAACGGCGGGGACGAGACCACUCAGACCUUCAUCCCUCGGAACCCCGACCCCGUGCGUGUACUGGACCAGCUCACCACGCCGAUUAGCCACCUGGUCUUCGCACCGGAUGGACAGUUCUUCGUGAUGGCGAGUCGCUGGAAGCGCGAUGCGCUGAGAAUCGUCCACCUCCCCAGCUGUACGGUCUACCGCAACUGGCCGACCUCCAACACCCCUCUUGGCCGGAUCUCAGCCGUGGCCAUCUCGCCCAACUCGGAGCAGUUGGCCGUAGGUAAUGAGCAGGGCCGGAUUCGUUUGUGGGAAAUUCGCGGGUGAGACGACGGGGAGCUCCUUAUGCAGUUGAACAUUACUGUGGCAUAUAGACGUGUUGUAUGAUUUCCACCCGGGUGAAAGUGGCAUGCAUAUAAAAAGUAAUUGCGCUUGGAAACCAGCUCU